GUUUCAAACUUGAUAAAAAAAAGAACAACAUAUUUUCUUUGGUUUCUUUUGUGUUUUUUGUUUCUAUAUAUAUGAACGUACCCAAUUGAAAACCCAUCAAUAUUUUCCACCAAAGUUUCAAACUUGAUCCCAAAAAAAAACAACAUAUCUUCUUUGGUUUCUUUUGUGUUUUUUUGUUUCUAUAUAUGAACAUACCCAAUUGAAAACCCAUCAAUAUUUUCUUCCAAAGUUUCAAACUUGAUCAACAAAAAAAAAAUUCAAAAACAACAUAAGCUUCUUUAAUUUCUUUUGUGUGUUUUGUUGUCUAUAUAAUUACAUGAACAUACCCAAUUGAAAACCCAUCAAUAUUUUAUACCAAAGUUUCAAACUUUAUCAACAAAAAAACCAAACCAAACAAAAAAACAUCAUCUUUGGUUUCAUUGUUAAGGUUGUUUUUUGUGUUUGAAAAUCUUUUGAAAUGGAUUUAUGUUGGGGAAGAAGAAGGAAGAACAAGAAAAGUGGAAAACCCAACAUGGAAAUUGUGAUUCCAAAUCAGUUUAGGUGUCCAAUUACUCUUGAUUUGAUGAAAGAUCCAGUUACAUUGUCAACAGGAAUCACCUAUGAUAGAGAAAGUGUUGAAAGAUGGUUCAAUGAAGGAAACUAUACUUGUCCUGUCACAAAUCAAGUUGUGAGAAAUUUUGACAUGAUUCCAAAUCAUUCUCUUACUAGAAUUAUUCAAGAUUGGUGUGUUGAAAAUAGAAAAAAUGGUGUAGAGAGGAUUCCAACGCCGAGAACACCGAUUAGUCCUAUCGAUGUGUUGGAGCUUCUUUUUCGGGUUAAGGAUUCGUCGAAAAAUUUGGAUCAAUAUGGUUGUCUUGAAUUGGUUAAAAAAAUAGAAAAAUGGGGUGGUGAGAGUGAGAGGAACAAAAGAUGUAUAGUUGAGAAUGGAGCAACAAGUGCAUUGGCUUUAGCUUUUGAUGCUUUUGCUAAUGAUUCUAUUGAGAAAAAUGUUGUUGUUCUUGAAGCGAUUUUGUCAGCACUUAAUUGGAUGUUUCCACUUCAAGUAGAAGCUCAAAAAAGUUUAGGAUCUAAAGCUUCUUUACAUUGCAUGAUUUGGUUUUUAAAGCAUCAAGAUCUUAAAGGGAAAGAAAAAUCAAUUGUUGCAUUGAAAGAGCUUCUUUCAUUUGGUGAUGUUAAUCAUGUGGAAGCACUUUUGGAGAUUGAAGGUGUUAAUGAGCUUUUGGUUGAGUUUAUUAACAAGAGAAUUAGUCCAACAAUUACAAAAGCUUCAUUGAGGGUAAUUUGGUACUUAGUUUCAUCAAAAAGUGAUUCUUGCAAUGAAAAAAUGAAAUUUUUAUUUGUUGAAUUGGGUUUGGUUUCUUCAAUUUUGAACAUUCUUAUUGACUCAGAAAAAAACAUUUUUGAAAAGGGUUUGGUUAUUUUGGAUUCACUAUGCAACAUUGAGAAAGGAAGAGAAAAAGCUUAUGAAAAUGACUUAACAAUUCCUUUGUUGGUUAAGAAAAUUUUGAGAGUUUCACCUUUGACUACAGAAUAUUCUGUUUCUUCUAUUUGGAAACUAUGCAAAUUUGGAGAAAAAGAUUAUGAAGGAAAAGCUUUGAUAGAAGCACUUCAAGUUGGUGCUUUUCAAAAGCUCUUAUUGGUAUUGCAAGUUGGUUGUAGUGAUGAGACCAAAGAAAAAGCAACUGAACUUCUCAAAUUGAUGAAUCCUUAUACAGAUUAUUUGGAAUGCAUUGAUUCAGAUUUCAAGAAUCUUGAGAGAUCAUAUUAAAGUUUCUUGUUAACAAAUGGAUCGAUAUAAAACUUUCUUGUUAACAAAUGGCCUAAAAGUUUUAUAUCUAGAUGAUUAAUUAGUAUUGUGUUAUGAUCCAUUUAUCUUUUAUAUCUAGAUGAUUAAUUAGUAUUGUGUUAUGAUCCAUUUAUCUUUUAUAUCUAGAUGAUUAAUUAGUAUUGUGUUAUGAUCCAUUUAUCUUUUAUAUCUAGAUGAUUAAUUAAUAUUGUGUUAUGAUCCAUUUAUCUUUUAUAUCUAGAUGAUUAAUUAGUAUUGUGUUA